AAUUUUUUAGGUAGCCUAGUGUAAACUAUCUGCUAAAUAGAGAAGGAAACUUUUCAUCAUGGAGCUCAGUCAGUUGUUCUAUCAACCAAGCUACAAUUUUUCACAGAAAAGAACUCAACUUUCACAAGCACCAGCCUCUAGAUCACAGUACAUCGAUAUCCCUGAGGCACCAGUGGCAAGUGAUGCUCCAGUGUUGCCACCUGUCUUUCAAGAGUCAUUUGAUUUUCAGCCAUCACAACUCUUUAAGCAUUCAUCUAAAGAAAUUCGGGAAAACAAAACCCAAGGAAAUCUUCAUGCUGAUGAAAUCAUUUCUUCAAAGAAUAGGGCUUCAACAAUAACAAGACCUAGUUUUGUUACUCCAGUAAAGAGCCAUGACAUUAGUCAUGAUGCAGAUAUUGGUAGUGAUGAGGAUUUGUUUGAUUCUGGAGCUGAACGUGUUCGUGUAUUACCGAUAAAAGACAAAUUAUUCACACCAGCUCCACUGAUAUUGCCGAAUCCACAUCCAAACUGUAAUGGUAUCAAGCUAAGACCUGUUGAAGAGCUGCCUAUGAAAUACAGAUCCAUAUUCAAGGCAUUUCCUUACUUCAACAUUGUACAGUCGAAAGUUUUUGAUGAUGUAUUUUACACUGACAAACCACUUGUAGUGUGUGCCCCAACAGGAGCUGGAAAAACUGUCGUAUUUGAAUUGGCUAUAGUUCGACUCCUCAUGAAGAUGCAGAGUGUCAUGGUCAGAGGGUUCAAGGUUGUCUAUAUGGCUCCAAUCAAAGCUUUGUGCAGUGAGAGAUUACAGGACUGGACAGCAAAGUUUGAGGCAUUUGGGCUGAAGUGUAAGGAACUGACUGGUGAUACAGAGAUAGAUGAUUAUUAUGAACUACAGGAAGUGAAUGUUAUCCUUACAACUCCUGAGAAAUGGGAUAGCAUGACGAGACGUUGGAGGGACAACAAAUGUAUUGUACAGUCUGUGUGUCUUUUCUUUAUAGAUGAGAUUCAUGUCCUGAAUGACUGUGUGCGGGGAGCAACCAUUGAGGCUGUGAUCAGUAGGAUGAAAACUGUACAGAUCUCUCUAUGUCACUCCAACACAGAACAACAACUGCCAAAACUCAGAUUCAUAGCCGUGUCUGCCACCAUACCUAACAUUGAAGAUAUUGCAGAGUGGAUGGGUGAGAGCCAUCAUGCAAAGUCAAAUAUUGCUUUUUGGAAAUGUUCUUUCUUUAAAGAUCUUUUUUCAGUAUUGCCUCAAACCUUUUUUCCUCAAGAUUUUAAAGGGAAAUUUCUGAUAAAUGAUUUCAGGAUGGAUGAUAGUUUUCGUCCAGUGCGCCUGAGGAAGGUGGUGCUAGGGUUCCCAUUUGAUGAACAUAAAGGAUCAGGGUUCCAUUUUGACAUGUCACUCAGCUACAAGCUUGGUGGAAUCAUCAACACUUACUCAGACGGAAAACCUGCUUUGGUGUUCUGUUCCACAAGAAAGGGCACUCAACAGGCAGCUGAUAUUCUGGCUAAAGACAGCAGAAGUACAUAUAUAAAGGAUGCUAAAAACAGACAAGUUUUGUUGAAAUACUCCAAUCUGGUAAAGGAUGCUAAACUUAGAGAUACAUUGGUUAAAGGUAUUGGUGUUCACCAUGCUGGGAUGGAUAUUCAAGACAGAAAAUACAUUGAGGAGCUGUUUGCUACAUCUCAACUACAAGUUCUGGUUGCGACAAGCACUUUGGCUAUGGGAGUAAACCUACCUGCACACCUGGUUAUCCUCAAGUCCACACAGCACUACAAUAUGGGCAUGCUGGAGGAGUAUUCUAACACUCAGGUCCUACAGAUGAUUGGACGUGCUGGGCGACCGCAGUUUGAUACAACUGCAACUGCUGUUAUUAUGACAAAAGUUCAAAAUAAGCUGAAGUAUGAAUCUUUGCUGAAUGGAACACAGAUGAUCGAGAGCAGCCUCCACAAACAUCUGAUAGAGCACCUGAAUGCUGAGAUUGUACUACAAACCAUCAGUGACAUGGCCAUCGCAAUGGAAUGGAUCAGACAUACCUACCUUUACAUUAGAGUGAUGAAAAACCCUAAACACUAUGGAAUGCCAUUAGGCCUCACAAGAGAUCAAACGGAGACAAAACUUCAAGAACUUUGCAUGAGGAAUCUGAAUCAGCUGGCUGGUAUCCAGAUGAUAAAAAUGAAUGGAGAAACAUUUGAUAUUCAGAGUACAGAAGCAGGGCGACUGAUGGCAAGGUACUGUAUUGCCUUCGAGACGAUGAAGAAGUUCUGUGGCGUGUCAGGAGAGGAGAGCAUCAGUGAUUUGUUGGAGAUUGUAGCUGGAAGUGAAGAGUUUAUGGAGAUCCAACUGAGAGUGAAUGAGAAAAAGACACUGAAUGCUUUGAACAAAGAUAAGAAUAGACAAACUAUCAGGUAUCAGUUGCAAGGAAAGAUCAAAACAAAGCAAAUGAAAGUCAACUGUUUAAUGCAAGCACAAUUGGGAUGCCUUUUGGUUCAAGAUUUUGCAUUGCAACAAGACACCACUAGGAUCUUCAGAGCUGCACAGAGACUUUCUAGAUGUCUGAUGGAGGUGUUGUGGAUACGAGAUGACUAUCAGGCAUUCCUGAGUGCUGCUCAGCUCUGUAAAGCAAUCAAAGCCAAACUUUGGGAGAACUCCAAGCAUGUAGCUAAACAGCUCGAGAGGAUAGGUCCAGCACUGUCUACGGCUCUUGUAAAUGCUGGAAUCACCAGCUUUCAGAAGAUUGAGGAAACCAAUCCACGAGAUCUAGAACUGAUUGUCAACAGACAUCCACCUUUUGGUAACCAGGUGCGGGAUUCAGUUACCUAUCUGCCCAAGUAUGAACUCACCAUGGAGCAGGUGUCACGCUACAACAUUGAUACUGCAGAGAUCUUGCUUCACCUCAGCAUUGCAAACCAGGCAAAUCUAAUGACGAAGAAGACUGCCUCCCCCAAUCAUACCUGUAUCUUACUAGUAGCUAACAAUGACAACAAGAUUAUCUUCAGACGCAAGCUCAUGGAUUCCUAUUUACUGAAGGAAUCUGGCUUCACAAAAAAGUUUGAGGUACAGAGGGCUGCCAUAGGACCUGAGUUAUUUAUCCAUCUGAUCAGUCAGGACUGGGUUGGACUGGAUGUGGAGACCACCUAUUCACCUUACUAUCUGGGGGCCACAAGGAUUUCCAAUGUGCCAUCAAAGGUUGAUGGAGGCAAUCCACAGCUGAAUUCAGGUGGCAGACCUCCAGGGGGACAAACACCUGGAGGUCUACGGCCUUGUAAUCAUCGCUGCUACAACAAAUCUCUGUGUGGACACAAGUGUUGUAACUCCAUGACGAAAACAAAGCCUCAGCCCACUCCCAUACCAAAGACUCCUGCCAUAACCAAGACCAAAACGGGCAGCAUAUGCAGCUACAUAUCUGGCCUCAAAAACAAACUUACCAUGCUGCCAAACACACCUAGUGCCAAGAGAAUUAAGAUAAACAGUGAUGGUAAUUCAUUCAACAUCAAUCAGUUUGCCUACACACCAAAGAGACCUGACUCUAUGGUACCAUCAGAGGAUGGUUACAAUACCAGUGAAACAAUUGAACAGUUUAACAGUGAUGGUUCAUCAGAGGAGAAUUGUCCAUCUAUGAGUACAUCUCCGGGAGUUUCCAUCACCUCCAGACCUCAGUACAGUGAUGUUAAGCUGGUGUCGCCCGACACUAAAGUCAGCAGACAGGCCAAGAUACAGGUACAAGAUGAGCAGCAGAAAACAGUGACCAAACCUCAGUAUAAUUCCUGGGCACAACUCGACUUAUAUCAGAAACGCAGAGAAGAAUACAUGAAAGAUGCUGACAAUUUUCAACAAGAGGAUGACUAUGAUCUACCUGAACUAGGCAUUAGGGAUUCCCCCCAAGUACCCACCACAAUCAUGUCACAGAUGAGAGAUGAGUACGGAAGCUUUGGCAUCACAUCAAGUCUAUUCCCAUCUAGAAUCCCAAGUCCUCACAGAAUGGCUUACCACACCAAAACGCAUCCUGAUGGAACCUUAUCCUAUGAUAAUGAUGAUGACUUUGAGGACAAUCCAGACUAUCAAACCUCAGGAGGUGCCUUUGAUAAACAGGGAGCAAAUUUGCCCUUCAUUGGCUAUAAAUCAAGGACUUCAGUCCAACCUGGGACUCGGGACAACAAUCUUAGGAAAAGAACAUAUCCAUAUCCCAGUGAAGAUAAGGAUGUGGUAGAUAUUUCUGAAGGAGAGGUGUUGCGUCACAGUAGAAGUAAUCCAUACACACAACACAGAUUUGGACAAGUGGUGGCCUGGUCUAACUUCCCAAAGAGUUGUCCUGUGACACCCAAACAACAGAGAAGUCAGGUUAUAUUAAACAGAAAGAGGCCAUCACCUGAUGAAUUGGGUGAGGAGGAUCCCUGGAGUGGAAGUGAUAACGACCUCCUGAUGUUAGAAGAUUCUACAGGCAUUUUCAGGCCAGCAAGUGAUGAUAAGAAAAGUAAAACAGGAACAGAAAUGAUUUGUCCAGAUUCCAACUCCGACUCACUGGCACAGCUGGUCAGGCCAAAGCUCCGUCCAAACAAAACAAAAAAUAGUUUAACCUCCAAAUCUGAAACUAGACAAGGUGACCAAGCACACAGCCGUGAUAAUGAUGUACAAAACAGUGACAGGCAAGACAAUGCUCAUGAUUACUACGGAAAAGGAGACCGCAGUUACAUGUAUUUGCAAGAUAAAUCUCAAAGCAACAGUUGUAGGCAAGGUUUAAACACGAGAAACAUCAGUCCGAGAAGUGGCAAUAACAAAACCUUCAAUUAUAGACCUGUAAGUGAGAAUACUCAAAUCAACCCUUAUAAACAAGGAAACAUGAUACAGAGCAAUAGUUCUAGAAGUAGCAAUAUCCAGACCUCCAAUUAUAGACCCGAGACUACCCUAAGCAACCCUUACAAACAAGGAAACAUGAUACAGAGCAAUAGUUCUAGAAGUAGCAAUAUCCAGACCUCUAAUUAUAGACCCGAGACUACCCAAAGCAACCCUUACAAACAAGGAAACAUGAUACAGAGCAAUAGUUCUAGAAGUAGCAAUAUCCAGACCUCUAAUUAUAGACCCGAGACUACCCAAAGCAAUCCUUACAAACAAGGAAACAUGAUACAGAGCAAUAGUUCUAGAAGUAGCAAUAUCCAGACCUCUAAUUAUAGACCUGAGAAUACCCAAAGCAACCCGUAUGUACAAGGAAACAGAUGUGACAUUCAGAACAACAGCUCUGUUGGAGGAGACAACUCUAGACAAGAGAACAUCCGGAGUAUUGUACCUGCACAAAAUACCCAAAGUAAUAUUUAUACAAACAAGCUUGGUUUCCCGAAUAGUCAGGAAAACUUUCAAAACCACCGCUAUGAGAGUACAGUGCAAGGAAACAAGUUCCAAAGCAAUGCUUUAAAACCAGCCGAGGAAAGAAUUCUAAGCAAGAUCACACAACAACUGAAGAUGGCAGAUAGUCUGACAUUACCUGCCAGUAACAACUCGGGCCUUUCUACUAAGCCUAAGCCUAUCCCUCCACCAAUGUUCAGAACAGCUUCUUUCUUCACUACAGAAGAUCAAGCGAUAUCUGAUUCACCACAGGAGACAUUCAACAGUAUCUUUGAUGGUAUUUUUUGAACUACACAUCCAUCAACCGAACCCGAGCGAUACAAUUAGUCGGCAGCUAUUCAGUGGUAUCUUUCAUGAUAUUUUCUGAGUUACACAUCUAUUAGCAGUACCUGAGCACUACAUCAGUCAGCAGCUAUUCUUCAUUAUGAGUUACAUACCUGUUAGGUGUACCCGAGUCAUCCUUCCAUCAGCAGCUAUUUGGCAGUAUCUUUGAUUAACAAUGAUGAAGAAACAUGAACAGUAUCUUCAAUGAAACCCAUUCAGCAGUAUCUCUAGUGGUGUACACCCAUCAGAAACAUUGAUGUGUUAUUGGUUGGUAUUUCUGAACCUAUUGCCCAAAAACUGCCUUUGAACAUUUGUCAGUGGAUAUUCCAGUUCUAACAUUGGUUCACUAUUGAUCUGUUAGCAGAUGUUUAACGACAGUCGGACACCAUUGGUGAUGUUUUUACAUUGCAAUGUUUUCUCAUGUUGUAUCUGUAAUUGAUUUAUCAAUGUAUGUUUUGUGAGUUAUUAACUCUUCAUAGCACAUAUUUAUACCUCGGUACUUGCUAAGCUGCCAAUCCUCCAUAUUUGGAGAGUUUCCUGAUUUUGUUUUUACCCCAGUCCAUAUAAUUUAUUGUAAUUGUUAUUCAUGGUUUCAAAAGUGAAUUUAUUCCAAAAGAAAAUAUUUGAAUUAAUGUAUGUCCAGGUAUUUUGAUCUGGACAUUGAAUAUUGUUUUGUAUAAUAAUCAGUUGAACUGAAUAUCUUGAGAUCAUUACCCAGUACCAUAAUAUGUAAACUUAACAAGUCUGCAAGUUUACAUUGAUAUCUGGUACAUUACAGCUGUAUUUAUUUUUGGAUGCAGUAUUUACAUGUAUGAAAUAUUGUAUUUAUAAUCAAUGUAUAAUACCUGGUACAAUGUAUAUUGAUUUUGUAUUAUUAAAAUCAUAUUCUAUAUUUUGUACUGUUAGACUGUUGAAAUGUAUUUGUCAAUAAUAUACUGUUAUGUGGUUUACAA